UCCCAGGGGAUACACAUGGGGCCCUGCCCCCCUCCCGUGGGGGAUACACAUGCCCUCCCAAGGGGAUAUGCUUGGGGCCCUGCCCCCCCCCGGGGGACAUGCCUGGGGCCCUGCCCCCCGCUGGCACGGGCACAGAGGCCUGUGUGCCCUGCCCGGGGGCGGCUGGCACUGACUCCGGUUUUCCGGCCCCCAGGCCUGUACCGAUGUAGCCAGCAGCACGUGUGGGUGAAUGAAGCAGCUGGAGAGGCGCUGCCCAUCUGUGAGCCAGUGUGUGGGAAGCCCAAGAACCCGGCCAGACAGGUGCAGCGCAUCAUUGGGGGCAUGAUGGCAGCCGAGAACAGCUUCCCCUGGCAGGGCCGGCUGCUGAGCCGCCACAACCACACCGCGGGGGCCACGCUCAUCAGUGACCAGUGGCUGCUGACGACCGGCAGGAACCUCUACCUGGGCCACAGCGAGAACAGCACGCUGGAAGAAAUCGCCCCCACCCUGCGGCUCUUUCUGGGCCAGGAGACGCCCGCCGGGGCUGUCGAGCGCAUUGUCCUGCACCCUGCGUUCCCGGGGGCUGUGGACCUGGCCCUGCUCAAGCUCAAGCACAAGGUGCCCGUUGGGGAGGCCGUGAUGCCCAUCUGCCUGGCCCAGCAGGACUAUGCAAAGGUGGGGCGGGUGGGCUUUGUCUCUGGCUGGGGCUGGAACACCCUCCUGGAGCACCCAAAGCACCUCAAGUACGUCCUGCUGCCUGUGGCCGAGAGCGGCAGCUGCCAGGAGUACUACCGGGCGCACCCCUGGCAGCCACUGCUGAACAACCACACCUUCUGCGUUGGCAUGAGCCAGCUGCGCGAGUCCACCUGCGUUGGGGACGCCGGCAGCGCCUUUGCCAUCCACGACCCCGAGGACGACACCUGGUAUGCGGCCGGGAUCCUCAGCUUUGACCGCAGCUGCCUGGCUGCCAAGUACGGCGUCUAUGUGCGGGUGCUCAGUGUCUUGGACUGGAUCAAGGAGACCAUGGCUGCACCCUGAA